AUGGCCGGUGUGCAAGGCAAUAUCCGGUCCUUCAUUGCGCCGAUCAAAGGAUCUGGUCGAACUGCCCCGGCAUUCCUCGAGGAUUUAACCCUUUACGAGCCAUGGCAAGACUCCAAGAACCUUCCGAACCUGCUCGCUGAUUCACCCCUCAAGUUCAUCCACGCCCCUUAUUUGGCAGACCUCCUACCUCUUCAUAGCUGCAGGCACAAGUUUGGGUUGAAGCCGAAACAGUCUCAACCUCCUGCAGUGGACGAGAGACCGGGUCCGCAAUCAAUAUGGACGGUGGCAGCAUUCUGUCAAGUGUGCCGGGUACAUCUUCAUGUCAAGGUCGAUUACACCAUCAGAUUUGAUGACGAUCCCUGCCCCAGCCUCGAGCAUCCUCUUCAUCACCUGGUGAGGUCAGAAUUUCAAGAGCCGUUGGAAAGGAAUGUAUGGAAGCGUCAGAACCCGAACUCUCAAGAUGAAAUAUAUACCUUCAAGUGUUCCUCCCUGACCUGCUCCGCCACUGUUACCGUGCGCUUCAGCCCGCCGGUCCUCCGUCAGAGCGACAUCCACACCCUGACCGAUCCCGCGCUGCUUCGCCAGAGAACAGAAGAUGCUUUCCGCGAAAGAGAAGGGCACACGGAGGGGAUGCGGCACCCGGGGCCGAUGGAUGUCCUGCUAGACCUCCGAGCAUAUCUGAAAAACUCAUGGCGUGCGAGAGAUGAUCCAAAGUACCGGUCAAUCAACUUGUCAAAUCGGAGGUUCAUUGUUCGAUUUGGACCCGAGGGAACCGCUUGCAAGGACGUCCUAGAUCAUCUUGGGUUCCAGCUUUUGCCCGGGGAUUGCUGGAUGGUCCCAGAACCAAGUUUUGAGGACCACCAACCCUACCAGAGCCCCCUCAACAUCUGGUUAGACAAUGCCGAACACGAAUUGACGGCUCUGCUUCUGUCCCGCCCCUAUGAGGAACGACAUCAGCUGCAAGAUAUUGCCCCUCCGCUGCCCGCCGAAAGGGAGCUUUCACGGGCCCUUGGGUGUCAGGACUGUGAUCCUUUCACUGCUCUUGGCUGUCCGAUGGAUCUGUCCGACCAACUUGUUGCCAAAGCGUACCACUGGCAGGUUGAAACAGAUCGUCAAAAUGCGCCUCUAUAUCUCAGCAAUCUCAAAUACAUAGGAAAUCAGCGUCAGAGUGAGGUCUUAGAGACUGAGGUUGUUUUGGAGACCUCACAGGGCCAUUAUGAUGCAGAAAUGCUGGAUGAAGCAUAUAAAGCCUUCCACCUGAUCGGGCGUGAGGGUCCGGUCAGCGAUGAGGACAUCAUCGGCUCAUUUACGGCCCAACUGGCGGACUCUCCAGGUCAUGAACAUCAACUGAGAGACUAUCUCCGCAUCAUAGGAGUUGAUCGCAACAGUAAACGCAUCACGGACACUGCGAUGAACAUUAUUGACAGCUAUGAAUCGGCACUUGCGUUCCUAGAUGCCGUUUCCACGAUGGAAGACGAGCACAUCCAAGCUUUGUGGGCUGUCAAGACAAAUGAAAACAAGGCCCUCGCAGAGCAAGCUACUCAAGCCGUCCGCGUGAUUGCGCAACACCGUAAAAGCCGAUUUCUGUCUAAUUGGAUCGAUUCGGGCUUUUCGAACGAGACUCACAACCAGAUGGAGCCUGCCGAAGGGUACCAAGCCCUCCAGAUCGACAAUCGCGCUAUCGACGAUGAAAUGAUACUCUACCAAUACAACAUAGCCGUCGAAGAAAAUCCUGGCAGCGUGGAAUACUACAACAGAGCGCUCGCCGCAAUCGCCAAAGGCCGGAACAGCUCAAUCUUAUUGGAUCAUUUACACAGCAGGGCUCCCCAAGAACCUCAGGGCAAGCCGGAAGAGCCUGUGGGACUCGAGAAUAUUGGGAAUACCUGCUAUUUAAACAGCUUAUUGCAGUUCCUGUUUACAAUGAAUGAGGUUCGCCAGUUGGUUCUCAACUUCGACGACUACAAGAUGCCCUUGGACGAGAAGAGUAUGGAACAAAAGCGGGUGGGACAGCGGAAAGUUAGCCUGAAGGAGGUUCAGACUGCGCAGCAGUUUGUCGCCGGCCUGGCGUCUCUGUUCCGCGGCAUGAUACAAACACCACGUUCAUCUAUCAAGCCAGAGCAGGAGCUAGCCCGAUUGACACUGGAGACCGAAAGUGUUAAAGAAAAGAUGCGUCGAAGGUCAACACUCAAGUCAAAUGAGCGGCCCAGUUUAGGCUCGAUCGGUACCCUACCUGUUUCAGGACGCGUACCCGUGGCUGACUCUGAAGCGAAUGGAAUAAUGGAUACAAUAAUUAUCCAGUCGCCUACGGAUACCAAGACCCUCACCGUUGACAUAAUACAAGACUUCGAUGCUUCGACACUGGAUGCGACAGAACACGCGACUAGUGGCCAGCAAAAUGCCGAUGCCUUUGUAAUGAAUGACAGUGCCAGUGAAGUCACUUUGGUGUCGAGAUCUGGCAGUGACCAGGAUUUAUUGGCAGAGAGAAAUGAACACCUCCCGAUGUCGGACAAAGAAAAUGUCUCACCUACUGGGGCUACAACAACAUCGGUGGUCGUAUCUCCUUGGACAGGGCAGCCUCUUCCAAUAGCAGCGCCAUCGAAUCCAAAUCCCCAAUCAGGCGCAUCGUCUGAAAAUGCUGAUGAAAAGGUAUCCGGCAUAGAUCCGGAACUCAUGAAAUAUGCCCCCCCUCCUGGAAAGCCACCGCCAGUGCCUCCGAGGAAACCCGUCCAGAAUGCCACCACUACUCUAGAAGAGUAUGCGCGUCAACAAGAUGUCACCGAGGUCAUGAAUCAUUGCAUCAUUCAGCUGUCUUACGCGGUGCGACCUACAGGGUUCGACAAGUCGGGGGAACAACGCGACGAAGUGCAUGAUCUAUUCUUCGGGCAGCAGGUGGUACACAGUCAACCGGAAAAAGAACCAGCGACCGCCCUUCCGUUUCUCAACAUCAUCACGCGUGUGUUCCAUCGGCCUGUUGAUGUAUAUGCUGCGAUUGACAAUGAGUUCGAUCUUCAAGAUGCGCAAGAUGGCGCAAAAGCAUACACCGCAAUCGCCAGUCUACCGCCAGUAUUGAGCAUAGCCCUGGACCGAGUGUCAUGGAACAACGAGACAAAACGUCAGGAAAAGUUGAAUUAUCACGUCGACGUUCCAGAGACCAUCUACAUGGAUCGAUACCUGGAAAGUCCACCAGGCUCUGACCUAAUGCAAAGACGGCUGCAGACGUGGGAGAUUAAGAAGGAAUUAGCAUUACUCAUCGCUCGGAGAGAUCAGCUGGAAGAAAAAUAUGGCAAAUCCACAGAUGUCCCUGGGCUUCUCGAAGACGCAAAGGGUAUCUUGGAAUACUUGGCCGAAAUACCUGGUGAUCAAAUAUCGGCCGAGCUCAAUGUGAAUCCAAACGCCAUCGCUACCCUCGGUAUUCUAGCCGAAAAUGCCCGUUCUGAGCUCGAAGAAAUCCGCUCUCGGAUAUCUCGCCUGUCUCAGCAAAUUAAAGAAUCCUUUGUCGACAUGCGCAAACACCCAUACCGCCUCCACGCCGCAUUCUUCCACCGCGGUUCCGCUGGUGGAGGCCACUACUGGGUGUACAUAUUCGACCACAAGAAAGAGAUAUGGCGGAAAUACAACGACGACCGUGUCUCCACUGUCACAAAUCUCAACGAGAUCUUCGGCAAUCCGUACGCACAAACUCAAACCCAAGGUCAACAGCUGCCAGCAAGCAGCAGUAGCUUGAAUCCGCCCCCGAACCCGUACCUUUUGAUCUACUUGGACGCAGAUCGGAUUGAUGAGCUAGCGGAAACGGUGAAGCGGGAAAUUGUGAAUCCGCCACCUGAUGCGGCCCCCGUUGCCUCGGAACGAAAAGAUCAUCCUCAAAGUCAGAUGACAGCCAUGCCGCCCGCUAAGGAACUAGGCAAUGGUGGUGACGUGGAGAUGCUGGAGUAUGCCAAUGGUGGUGAGCAGGCCCAACCCUCACAGUCAGAGUCUUCCGCCGUCCUCGACAGGCCCCCGCCCAGGGAGCCGAGCGUGCGGAAGGAAGGAAAUUGGGAUAAUAGCCAGCUGAUUAUGGAUAGGGAGAUCAACUGGUAG